AUAAGGUUGAUACACAUUGGAAGUGUGUUAUUCGAACGUCGUUGUACGAUGUUGAAUUUACAAAGUUAUGGUGAAUCAAGUGAUUCUGAAAAAGAAGAAGUAGAUCUUCAGGAAUUUCAGGCACAUUUGAAACCCAUAGAAAAGAAAGCAGGCUGCACUACAAUAGCACUAAAUGCAGCACCACAAGUUACUCCAAAGGGAGAUGAACACCUUCCCAAGUACCUCCAUCCUACUACAAAAGAAAUAACACACAAUCCCCGAUAUGAGGAACUCUUUACACCAGAGGUAGGACCAGUGAAUCCCUUCAAAACCCAGCAGCAGAGAGCCACCAAGAACAUGCUGUCUGGGUACGCAGAGGAGGCACACAUCAACCACUUCCAGUUUGAGACACAGAGGAGAACUUUUCAGAGUUACGGUUAUGCUAUGGACCCCAGUGUAGAGAGCAGUCUGCAGGGAGAGAAACUGGUUGGAGACGUGGACGCUGCUGAGGGAAAUAAAGGAACAACAGUAUUUGAGGUGUCAAAACAGAGGCCAGGAGAUAAAAGGAAAAAACAGAAGAACAAUGAUCCUUCCGAUAUUGAUGGUUAUUUAGGUCCCUGGGCAAAAUACGAAGAUGAGAAGACUGUGAUGAAGCCAUCAGAGGAAGAGAAAGAAGCAUUGGAUGAAAUCCUUGCAAAGCGUGCCAAGCGUGGGAAAACAGUGGAAGAGAAAAUUGCAGAUGAGAAGACAACAUUACACAUCAAAGAUCCAUAUGAUUACCAAGGUCGUUCUUUCCUGCAUCCACCGAAAGACGUUGGAGUUAAUCUGAAGUCAGAAGAACCGCCAGAGAAGUGUUUUAUUCCGAAGAAACAAAUUCACACCUGGACGGGGCAUACAAAGGGAGUGUCCGCCAUUCGCUGGUUCCCCAAAUAUGCUCACUUAUUAUUAUCCUGCAGUAUGGAUUGUAAAAUCAAGAUCUGGGAAGUGUACAAUGAGAGGAGAUGUAUCAGAACAUACAGUGGACAUAAACAAGCAGUUAGAGAUAUAAGUUUUAACAAUGAUGGCACACACUUCCUCAGUGCUGGCUAUGACAGAUAUUGUAAACUAUGGGACACAGAAACUGGUCAGUGUACGUCCAGGUUUACCAGCCGGAAGGUGCCGUACUGCGUCAAGUUUAACCCAGACGAGGACAAACAGCACCUUUUUGUGGCAGGCACCUCAGACAAGAAAAUUGUUUGUUGGGACACGAGGUCCGGGGAGAUCGUCCAGGAAUAUGACCGCCAUCUUGGAGCUGUGAACACCAUCACAUUUGUUGAUCAGAACAGAAGGUUUGUCACCACCUCAGAUGAUAAAUCUCUCCGGGUCUGGGAAUGGGAUAUCCCAGUGGACUUUAAGUACAUAGCAGACCCAAGUAUGCAUUCUAUGCCUGCUGUGACGCUGUCUCACAACGGCAAGUGGCUGGCGUGUCAAGCUAUGGAUAACAAAGUGGUCAUCUUCAAUGUUCUCAACAGGUUCAAGUACAUGAGAAAGAAGGUUUUCAAGGGACACAUGGUAGCUGGCUAUGCCUGCAGUGUGGACUUCUCACCUGACAUGAGUUAUCUGAUAUCAGGAGAUGCUGAUGGGAAGUUGUUUGUUUGGGACUGGAAGACCACCAAACUGUACAGCAAGUUUAAAGCCCAUGAUGACGUGUGUAUCGCCUGUCUGUGGCACCCCCAUGAGACGUCAAAGGUGGCUACGGCAGGCUGGGAUGGGGUCAUUAAGUACUGGGAUUAAGGAAGGUUUAUACAGGGAUAGCUGGAACAUCUCCCUUUCAAAGUUUGACUGCAGCUGACAAUGCAAUAUGUGUGUAAAGCCUGUCUGUGACUGAGAGUUGGAAAGAUAGGGCAGCAUUCCAAUAUUGCAGCACAAGAUAAAGAGGGUUUACACAAGCAUGACAAGGCCAUCUACCUUCAAUCCUGGAUUGUAACUGUGAUGUUUUGGGUGUAACCUGUCUGAGGCACUCUCAACUGUUGAAAUGCAAAGAAUAGGUGAUUAGUGAAGUACUGAAAUGAAAGAUAUGAAGCUAUAAUGCAGUUAAAUAGGUAAAUAGACACAUGAAGGAAGAUAAAAAGUAGCAGUGUUAUAGUGUCAGCCUUCCUCUCCACCCAGGACAUCUUACUCAUCUUGUAAAGAGAGUGUUCUUAACC